GUCGAGACUGUAUGAGUCUGAACUGAAAGAGCGUCUCUCCUCUUCUCGGGUCUGCUAUCAGGAGCUCCCAGCCUCUCUUCUCUAUCUGUUUAUGGCUUAGAUCUCUCUCAAGCCUGCCGUAGCUCGCGUGACACGGAUUUCCCCUCACUUCAUUUCUCAGAGCAAUGAAAUCCUUCUCCCGCUUCUCUCUCUUCGCUCUCUCUCUCCUCCUUCUCUUCCCUCGUCCUGAAUCGGCCCCACAACCUUUCCAUCGGGAUCCCGGUCACCCGCAGUGGCACCACAGCGCCUUCCAAGAUGUCAAAGAGACCAUCCGCACCGAUGUCCGCCACAUGCUUCAUUCUCGCGCCGAGGUUCCGUUUCAGGUUCCACUUGAAGUUAACAUAGUCCUUGUUGGUUUCAAUCGUGAUGGAGGAUAUAGGUUUGUGCUGGAUACACACAAGCUGGAAGAGUUCUUGAGAAGCAGCUUCGCAUCACAUCGGCCCGCAUGCCUAGAGACGGGCGAGCUGCUUGAUAUCGAGCAUCAUUUCAUUUAUAAUGUUUUUCCUGCUGGACAACCAGAAUUAAUAGCUCUUGAGAAGUCAUUGAAAGAAGCUAUGGUUCCUACUGGAGUUGCUAGAGAGAGUGACUAUGGAAGGGAGGUCCCCUUGUUCGAGGUGGAUGCCGCAAUCGUGGAGCCAAUUUUUGAGAAACUAUAUUCCUUUCUAUUUGAUAUGGACCAUAGUGGAUAUUCUGCAACGGAGAUGGACAGGCCUGUACCUAGUGUAAUAUUUGUUCUCAAUUUUGAUAAGGUGCGGAUGGACCCCAGAAACAAGGAAAUUGAUCUUGAAAGUUUAAUGUACAGCAGAAUUAAUCCACUUACACCUGAAGAAUUGAAGGGACAAGAGGGAGAUUACAUCUAUCGCUAUCGUUACCAAGGAGGAGGAGCUUCUCAAGUUUGGCUGGGCUCUGGCAGAUUUGCAGUCAUUGACCUUUCAGCAGGCCCCUGCACCUACGGAAAGAUCGAAACUGAGGAAGGAAGUGUCAGUUAUAAAACACUCCCACGGUUAUGGAAUUUAAUCUUUCCAAGAGGUUCAAUCACUGCUAGUGUUAGUGCUAGUGCAGAUCAUGAUAUUUUCAUGGGACAGCUUGGAGCUAUAAUUUCAACAACCAUUGAGCAUGUCAUUGCUCCAGAUAUUAGGUUUGAAACUGUUGACUUGACAACAAGGUUGCUUAUACCUAUCAUUGUCCUACAAAAUCAUAACCGGUACAAUAUCCUUGCAGCUGGCCAUAAUUACAGUGUAGAUAUACAAGCAAUUGAGAAAGAGGUGAAGAAGAUGGUUCAUGCUGGGCAGGAAGUUGUAAUUGUUGGAGGUUCACAUGCACUACAUCGUCAUGAAAAGCUAGCAAUUGCUGUUUCAAAAGCAACGCGGAGUCAUUCUCUCCAAGAAACAAAGAGUGAUGGGCGUUUCCAUGUUCACACCAAGACAUAUUUGGAUGGUGCAAUUCUUAAAGAAGAAAUGGAACGUUCUGCUGACGUGCUUGCUGCUGGUUUACUUGAGGUUGCUGAUCCUUCUCUCUCGAGUAAAUUUUUCCUCCGCCAGCAUUGGAUGGAUGAAUCUGAUGGUUCUGAGGAUUCUAUAAUCAAGCAUCGCCCUCUUUGGGCAACUUCCAGCCCUAAAAGUGAAAGGGACAAGAGAAGGAGCAGACAAAAGAAACUGGGAAAUCUGUAUCGAACCUAUGGAACCAGAGUGAUUCCUGUCUUUGUCCUGUCACUGGCUGAUGUUGAUGCGAGCCUUCUGAUGGAAGAUGAAAGUCUUGUCUGGGCGAGUAAAGAUGUUGUCAUUGUUCUUCAGCAUGAAGGUGAAAAGAUACCUCUGAGCUAUGUUUCAGAAACAGAGAGAAGGUAUGCUCUUCCGUCACAAGCACAACGCCACAUUUUGGCUGGACUGGCUUCUGCAGUUGGGGGGCUUAGUGCUCCCUAUGAGAAGGUUUCCCAUGUACAUGAAAGGCCAGUUCCUAAUUGGCUUUGGGCAACAGGCUGUCAUCCAUUUGGACCAUUCUCUAAUGCUUCUCAAAUUAGUCAAAUGCUUCAGGACAUUGCCUUGAGAAGUACAAUAUAUGCGCGUGUUGAUUCUGCACUUCGCAAAAUUCGGGAUACUUCAGAGGCUGUCCAGGCUUUUGCUGGGGAAUAUCUUAAGACACCCCUCGGCGAGCCAGUGAAGGGCAAGAAAAAGAAGUCAAACACAGAGCUAUGGCUGGAGAAGUUCUACAGGAAAACAACUAACUUACCGGAACCUUUCCCACAUGAGUUAGUCGAGCGGUUAGAACAGUACUUGGAUAGUCUCGAAGAGCAGCUUGUCGAUCUAUCUUCUUUGUUAUAUGAUCAUCGUCUAGAUGUCGCGCACUUAAACAGUUCAGAGAUACUCCAAAGCACCAUAUUUACCCAGCAAUACGUUGAUCGUGUUUUAGUGACCGAGAAGGAGAAGAUGCGGUGCUGCGACAUUGAAUACAAGGCUCCCGUGCAGUCCUCACAAGCUUUCAUCUAUGGAGGGAUUCUUGUCGCAGGUUUCCUUGUAUAUUUCCUUGUUAUUUUCUUCUCAUCACCAGUCCGCUGAUUGAAGUUCUCUACAGAAGAAAAAAACGAACAAAGAAAAAAAAAAAAAAGCAACUUAGGACAGUUUCUAUUGGUGAGUUUUUAGCACAAGUUUUAAGAGCAGAAAAAAAAAGAAGAAGAGAAGUUCAAUAGCAUGCAAGCGGUCAGUAGAACGUUU